UGAGUAUAUGCACAGAGACUGAUAAAUAGCCACGAGAAAGACAUCAGGCUUAAUUAGACUUCCAAACUUGCAGUGGUGCCUACAUCUGGAGAUACCAGGGCUCAUCCUUGCUAUAUGCACAAGGAAAAACUGUUGAUAUUUUGAAAUAUAUACUAUGGGGGCACAAUGAGAAAACUUUGUGCCAGCAAAAAUGCUGCCGAUGUUAUCAGAAAUGUGUAUGGAUAUAUUUGCAUUUUGAGUUCAAUCCAGAUGGAAACCUGGUAUUCAACCUCAAAAUCCAAUAUGCCUCACGUAACAAUAUUUUUUUCCUGAUGUUACCUCCUCUCGAUGGGGCUAUCACUUUUUCAAAAGCAAAGGAUUUCUCUGCAGAACAGCAUAAAAAAUAUGUGUUAAUGAGACAGUGGGAAAGGCUUGAGCAGACCAUGGCAAACAGCUAUGUAACAGUUCCUGAUGCAUACUGUCUUGCUGAACCUUUACCUUAUUACGACAUCCUGCCAGAUCACAUUAAUUAUCAACUUCCAGAUUCAGACUUCCAGGCGACUCCAUAUUGUCAGUAUACAAAUGUGCCUUAUUCUCCUGUGUUGCAAUCCUCAACAUCUCAAUGCCACUACAGUGCAUACAGUUUGGAGAAUUCAUAUGGUGAUGGGCAAUAUGUCCUUAGCACAUGUGACAUGAGUAAGCCACCCUCAAACAUGACUCAUAGUGUGGAAGAGAUGUAUCCUUCUGUAAAGAGGACGAGGAUUAGUCAUUCUAGCAUCCGGAUGAAAGGUCAUGAAGAACUUUGUGUUGUAUGUGGAGAUAAGGCUUCUGGGUAUCACUACAAUGCACUUACUUGUGAAGGAUGUAAAGGUUUUUUUCGCCGUAGCAUUACAAAAAAUGCUGUUUACAGGUGUAAGAAUGGUGGACACUGUGAGAUGGACAUGUACAUGCGGCGGAAGUGUCAAGAGUGUCGGUUGAAGAAGUGUAAGGCUGUUGGCAUGCUUGCAGAAUGUUUGUUAACUGAAGUACAAUGCAAGUCAAAGAGGCUCAGGAAAAACUGUAAGCAAAACAGUUCAGUAUACUGUAAUGUGAAAGUGGAAGAUGAUGCAAAUGACAGCAGACAAGUUUCAUCAACUACAAAGUUAGCGAAACAGGCAAUAACAAGACUAGAACUGACAGCUGAAGACUGCAAGAUGAUUGAUCAUAUAGUUACGGAAUAUCAAAAAUACAGCUCUCCAGUAGAUGAACACAAAUCAUUUCUAGAAGAAUCAGCAAAUCCAGAAGAAAUAUUCUACCACAUCUCUGAAGCAGCUGUAAUGCACGUGCAAGUUCUUGUAGAAUUCACAAAAAGGCUCCCAGGGUUUGAAAUUCUGGACCAUGAUGAUCAAAUUGCUCUUCUAAAGGGAUCCACUGUUGAAGCACUGUUUUUACGUUCUGCACAAACAUACAAUCAACAAGCAACAGGGUGCUCACAGCUAGAUAAUGGGCUUGCAAAAUAUCAGAGCCACUCAGGAGAAUACUACCACAUUCAGGAUUUUGACAGAUGUCCUCUAUAUUCUCUUGAACCCAAUCCUCAGCAAAAUACUCAAACAUUUAAUACAGAUCUCACAGAAGAAUUUAUUACUCCACUGUUCAACUUUUAUAGAAGUAUGGGCUCUCUUAAUGUGACUGAUGCAGAAUAUGCUCUACUCUCUGCAAUAACUGUGUUCUUUUCAGAUCGUCCGUUCUUGAAGAACAAAAAUGGUGUUGAAAAACUGCAGGAGCCACUUCUCGUGAUUUUACAUAAAUAUUCAAAGAUUUACCAUCCAGAAGACCCACAACAUUUUGCACGACUGAUUGGACGCCUGACUGAGCUAAGGACCCUUAACCACAAUCACUCAGAAGUACUAUUAUCUUGGAAAACCAGAGAUACCAAGCAUACCUCAUUGCUUUAUGGUGGUUGGGACUUCCACUAAGUUUUUCACUGAAACCAUCAUUUUAAUCACCUAAUUUAUGGAAAUGCAUCUUUAUGGAAAUGCAUCUGUUAAGAUGUUGGACACUGUUUUGUGACAUACAAAGCAAAUGUGAAAGUGCCUCCACACUUCAACUGUCUGAAUUUGUUUGUUUUUUACUCUUUGAAGUCAUUCUGUUUCAAUAUGGCUGUCCAAAGAAGAGAAAUCAUACUAAAUACAGAUCAAACGGAUAUUGAUUCAAUCAUAAAAUUAAUAGUAGCCCUAAUUUAUCAUGAUGGAACAUGGACAUUAAAAUAAUUGAGGGCACCAAUUUCACUGUAUGGGACCUGUGAAAUGGGGGCUCAUGUUAGAAUUGCCCUCCUUCACGAUGGGUGGUAUGACGCUGCCUACAGCUCACUCUCUCCAAAGACAAACAAAAAAGAGGAACUGACUAAAAUGUAAUGCUGCCCUGCUUCUCUAUUUGAGAUGACAGACUGAUCUAAGUCCCUUGUACUAGGAUUGGUGGCAUUGUAGAAACAUAGUAAUGGGAGGGCACUCCUCUAGAUUUGUUUCUCGUAAACCUAGGCAGCGAGCUAUGAGCAUCACAUUCUGGGUCAAGUGGAUAGCAAUAAGUGUCCAUUCACACGUCCGUAGUGUAUUGCGGAUCCGCACUACAUCGGCCCGGCACCCCCAUAGAACUGCCUAUUGUUGUCCGCUAUUGUGGACAAGAAUAGAACAUGUUCUAUUUUUUUUUUCCCGGAGCCGUGGACCGGAAGUUCGGGGCCCUGCUCUGGAAAUGUGGAUGCGGACAGCACACUGUGUGCUGUCGUCAUCCAUUCUUGCCCCUUAGAGAAUGAAUAGGUACGCAUCCAUUCCGGAUUAUUGUGGAACAGGUGUGGACGUCUGAAUGGAGCCUAAUGGAAAACUGCUGAAAAGAUUUAAUUAUCAUAUAUUAAAGAUUUUUACAUUGUAUUACACACUUUCGAUAGGAAUCCAGUUUUGUAUAUCAGAAUACCCCUUGAAUACCAAGAUCAUACAGAAAUUGUUAAAUUGCAAAUUAUUAUUCAGUGGAUAGUGCAGAAUGAAACACAAGAAAUCUAAAAGUUUAGUACUGUAAAUUUGGGUUUCCUCCUACGGCAGUGUGUUAUGUAUUUACAUGUCAAUUCACGAAUAUGGAUGAACUUUAAGUAUGAAAAUUAUAAUACAAUUUUCAAAAAUACUUUUUUUUCAAUUCUUAUGGUUUUCAAGAUCUCUGCUUUCUGUCACUCAAUAGAAACCUUGAUGAUUUACUCCCAGAGGCCAAAAACCUGUCUGGGUCAUGUGAUAGACACACAAGUGCAAGGUCAUUAAUGGUAUAGUAAAGUUACCAGGGAUUUUUCUUCUAAUAAGCCAGUCACCACUUAGAUAAAACAAACUCCUACUGACUGACAGACAGCAGAAAUCUUGAGAACCAUGAGGAAGUGAAACUUACAGCAUACUGAAAUGCUGCAUGAAUUCAAUUUUACAUCACUACAGAUAAUGAACCUUGCUGAAACCUUCAUACUCCUUCAAGGACUGAGGAAUAAGGCAUGGUUACGUAUACCAGAUUGUGCCUUUGGUAGCUCACUGCAUUUUGAGGAAAACAUUUUGGAUUUUUUGCACAUGAAACAACAUCUAAACAUCUGAUUUCAAGUGACCCAUAGGUUAAUAAGAGCACGCACAAACUAAUAAAAGUUAAAUGAAAAUGUAUGUUUUAAGUUUUGGGUUACCAGCUAUUUAUUAAGUCAUUUAAAUGAACAUGCACUUUAACCUUUCACCAGGAUUUCACUUAAUAAAC